UGUGCCAGAACGAAACAAAAUCGAGUGUUUCAUUUACGGUUUUUCCGUAGAAUAUUGAAUAAAAUAGGAAAAAAAUGCUUUAGUUAGUUGAUCAAAGCUGUAAAAAUAGUGUUUUCGGUGAGGAAAAGUGGCGGAAACUUGUGAAAAACGUGCAAAAAGUGAAAUUGUGUCAAAUACAAAAUGGCGGUUCACGUUUUCGUAGAUUGAGUGUUUCAGUUUAAAACGAUCGAUUUUUGUUGGAUUUUUUUAGAAGAAACCAUUCUUGUUUGUUAAUUAAUUGUGGGGUCACGUGUUUUUCACCCGGACGACCGAUCGGAGCAGCGAGGGCGAGGGCGAGGCCGAGUGCGAGUGCGAGUGGCCAGUGUCUGCGUGAAGAAACGAGAUGACCGGUCCUCAGGAUGGCAACGGUGGCGUCUAACAAGCCGCCGGCGCCGCCGACCGGACGUCGGUCGGCCGUCGCCGCAGCCGCAGCCGCAGCCGUCGUCGGGCAAGGGGCGGGCGCCGUCGGUCGCGACGUCCGGAUCGACGUAGAUGUGCCACUCGAGGCGGCCCUUCGACUCAGACGACUCUGUGAGGAAGGCGCCCUGGCGAGACUCGGAGUGGUCGGAGUACGCCUCGACGGAGCAUCGCCCCCGUCAGUCUUUACUGCGCCGCCUCACAACCAUCAACGUCAAUCUCAGCCGCCGCCGCCGGUCCAACAGCAGCAGCAGCAGCACCACCACCACCACCACCAACACCACCACCACCAACCACAGCAGCAGCAGCAACAGCAGCAGCAGCAGCAGGUGCAACAGUUCAAAUCCCCGAACGUGAUCUGUCCGCCGGACAACCGUCUGCCCCCCAAUCAUCACCACCACCUGCACCAGCAGCAGCAGCAGCAGCAACAGCAACAGCACCAACAGCAGUUGCAACAGCAUCAGCAGACGACGUCGCAGGCGGCAACCGCGAGUGCCGUCGUUGCCACCAACAAGUUCCCGUUCGCGAGCAUGAACCAGAUCAAACACACCAACAACAAUCGCAUCGCGAACGAAACGAGCACGUUUCUCGCGUCCCGACUGAACGUCGUCGGCGGUGUCGGCGGCGGCGGCGGCGCUUUGAAAAACAACGGAGUGGGCGAGCAGAGGCCCGAUGUGAUCGCCAAGGGUGUGGUGGUGUCGCAAACGCAGUCGCAGCCGCAACCUCCGCCGCCCCCUCCUCCGCCUUAUCCCCUGACGAACUGUCUCAGUGUAAAAAACUGUUUGAGAAACAAUCACGUUGCGAAAACGAUGACGACGGUCGAGAAUAACGUGAUAAACGUAAUGAAUAAAACACCUCCGGUCACGAUCUCGAGUCCGCUGUUGGUGAACCUGUUGCAGAACGACGGCGACACCGCCAACAUUGUGGGAAUCACGAACGGCGCGACGAAGAAAACUCUGUUGAUGAACGGCUUCAAGUGUCCCACCACCACAAACACCACCACCUCCUCCAACAACAACGGCGAGGUUCCGCCGCCUCCGUAUCCUUUCUCGCAGCAGACGCAGGCGCAGCCGCAGCCGCAGGCGCCGCUCCUCGAUCUGAUUCCGCAACUGACCGACCUGAAGUCGGACGAUCUGGACAAGAUUCUGGACUUGGAAAUGGACGACGGCAACGAACCGGCGGGCCGGGAACGAGAACAGGACCAUGAACAAGCGACGAGCGAAGCGAGCGACAACCGCGUCAUGCUGAUCAAUCCGUUGACCGGCUUGCUGGAGCCUCGCACUGUGUCGCCGCCUCUUUCGCCGCCCGACGACAUCUUCUCCGACCUUCCGUCGCCGAUCGAGACGAACCUGAGCGACGACGAAACGUCCUCGUCGCUGCUGCACCAAGACUCUCUGCUUCUGUCCGCCGGUUCCAACGGUGCCGACUGUGUGGGAAAGGACGAAGACACGACGAUCAACAAGGGAGGCAAACUGAAACUGAAGCUGAAACUGGACAAAGUGGUGGAGGAGCUGCGGGUGCCGCCGCUGCACAUCAGUCUGCGCGGCAGGAAUUCGGCGGUGAUCCGGCCGAAAGGAAAGCGGGUCAGAAAGAAGGGUGGCGACGAGACGAACGCGAAACGCCGCAGGAAGAGUUUGCAGAAGGAGGCGUCAAGCGAAGCGAACCAAAUCACCAGCAAUACCACCGUCAGCACCACCACCACCACCACCACCGCCCGUAGCAACAACACCAGCAACAGCAGUAGCGCCAACAGCAACAACAACAGUUUUCCGAGCGCAGCGGACCAACAACACCAACAACAGCAGCAGCAGCACCAGCAGCAACAACAGCAACAACCGUCGCUGUUAACGUUGAACAAGGACAAGCAAGAAGACGAACUGAAGGAUCUUCAGGUGGUCGUCGGGUCCACGAAUCGAGGUACAAUUCCGAAUUUACCACCGACACCGAAAGCACGCAAAGAGAAACUCGAUAAGGCCGUCAACAAGCCGUUACUGAAAGAGAUUAAAGAAACCGGCAAGGAAAUUAAGGAGCACGUCGUGCUUCCCGUUCUACCGACAUCCGGCGAUUUGGAUAUGGCCGCCAAGUUCAAACAGAAGCUGUUGGAAGGAGAGGAACAAAAAGGGCCCGUCACGAAUAGCACGAAUCGGGAACAGAAGGAAGAGGACAAGCAGCAGCAGCAGCAGCAACAGCAACACCAAGCCGAUGAUAGUGGGAUCGAAUCGAUGGACGCGUUGAGCGAAAAGUCACCGCCCAAUCGGAAGGUGCCGGAAUUGUUAGAUAUCGAAGCGGAACUGGCGAAGAUGGAGGGCUUGCACCAGUCGGAAAUUAAGGAAGGAACGAACGAAGUCACCAUUAGUUCGAGUGUCUCGGUCGACGUUGACAACAAGCAGCACCACCAUCAUGGGCAAGAGGAGCAGAAGCAGGAGGAAAAGAAACUGGUCAGCAAAAAGAGUCUGCUGGAGCAGCUAUUGAUAGAAAUUCCCGAAGAUAAGCCAACGCUGAACGCCGGAAGCAACAGCAACAGUAACAGUCCGGCGACGCGAUCGCAAACGCGGACGCGGCCCCGCCUCGAAAUGACGUCGUCCACGACGACAACGACGACGACGGCGACGGCAACUACAACGGCGGCGACGACGACGACGACGACGACGACGACGACGAGUCAAAAGACGAAACGGAAACGCACGAACGAACAGAGCGGAGAGAAAAAACAGAAACGGGACUCGGACUCUGAUUCGGACGAACCGCUGAUAGAGAAACUGAGAAAAGGGAGCGGCGGCGGCGGCGGCGGAGGCGGAGGAGGCGGUGGCAACGUAGGUGGCAGCGGGAACAAGCUGAAAAAAGGAAACGCAGUGAAGAAGGUGGUGAGACGAAGCGUCAGGGCGGGUGGCAACAGUUCGGAGGGUCGCAAAACGAGGAGUAAAGUGACGGAAGAUGGAGUUGCGCCGGUGAAGCGCAAGACGCAAAAGUGACACCACGAGCAUUGUUGUAAUUUUUGUACAGUUGUUGAUUCGAUUUGAGUUUCUUUCCACUAGAGUAACGUAAAAAAGUUGUUGGAUUUUCUUCUUCUUGUAAAUAAUUUAGAGCUUUUUUUCCUCCGUAUUAUUUAUUAUUUUUUCCACGUCGUGUUUAUUGUGAAAUUUAUCCAGUUUUAUUAUUAUUAUAUUAUUAUUAUUAUUAUUAUUAUUAUGGACAUGUAAAAAAUAGUAUAUAUUUCUAAUCUUUAAUAAAAAUUUAUUGAUAUUAAAAAAAGUA